CCUGAAUCAAUAAUCUCUCUAAGCCUCUUCCUGUGUUCUAAAGAAGAGGCUAUCAAUGGCUGUUGGGUUUUCCAUAGAAAGUGAAAAUGUCCAAAGCAAUGGUAAGAUAACCACUUAUGUUGUGGUGUCUUGUACUAUGGCUGCCAUGGGAGGUCUUCUCUUCGGCUAUGACAUUGGAAUAGCCGGAGGGGUGACCUCCAUGGAUUCAUUUCUGAAGAAGUUCUUCCACACAGUGUAUGUCAAGAAACAAGAAGCCAAAGUCAGCAACUACUGUGUAUUUGAUAGCCAACUCUUGACCUCUUUUACAUCAUCUCUCUAUGUUGCUGGUCUCGUUACUUCCUUCUUUUCUUCUCAUGUCACCAAAGCCUUUGGCCGCAAACCAUCCAUUCUGGCCGGCGGCGCCGCCUUCCUGGCCGGUACAGCUCUCGGAGCUGCAGCUUCCAAUGUCUUCAUGCUCAUAUUUGGUAGACUUUUGCUUGGAGUUGGGGUUGGUUUUGCAAACCAGGCUGUUCCUGUGUAUCUAUCUGAAAUGGCACUGCCACGACUAAGAGGAGCAAUUAGCAAUGGCUUCCAAUUUAGCGUUUGCAUAGGUAGUGUGUUUGCUACCUUAAUCAACUACGGAGCAGAGAAGAUUAAAGGUGGGUGGGGUUGGCGUGUGUCGUUGGCCAUGGCAGCAGUACCAGCCUCAGUCCUAACACUGGGUGCAAUUUUCCUCCCCGAAACUCCCAACAGCUUAAUCCAACGCAGCCAUGACCAUCAAAAGGCCAAGUUACUACUCCAGCGGAUUCGAGGCGUAGAAGACGUGCAAGAAGAACUUGACAGUCUUAUAAGAGCAAGUUCUACGAAAACAGAUGAAAAACAAACGCUUAAGAUAAUCUUGAAACGAAGGUACAGGCCUCAGCUCGUGAUGGCAAUAGCUAUGCCGUUUUUCCAGCAAAUGACAGGGAUAAACGUGAUCGGUUGCUAUGCCCCUUUACUUUACAGGACAAUGGGGUUAGGAGAAAGUGCAUCGCUGUUGUCAGCAGUGAUAACGGGAAUUAUAGGUCUUGCCGCGACAUUCAUAUCGAUGUUCUUAGUUGAUAGACUAGGAAGGAGAGCCUUGUUCAUGAUUGGGGGCAUUCAGAUGUUUGCAUCACAGGUUAUAAUUGGUGCUAUAAUGGCCUUUCAUCUGAAAGAUCAUGGUGGAUUGAGCAAAGGGUAUGCUUUUGUGGUUUUGGCUAUGGUGUGCUUAUAUGUUGUUGGGUUUGGGUUGUCAUGGGGGCCAUUGGGUUGGUUAGUGCCGAGUGAAAUUUUUCCUUUGGAAAUUAGAUCAGUGGGGCAAAGCAUCACGGUGGCAGUGAACCUUAUCUUCACUUUCACCGUUUCUCAGACUUUUCUCACCAUGCUUUGCCACUUGAAGUCUGGGAUUUUCUUCUUAUUUGGAGGAUGGAUGGUGGUCAUGACGCUAUUUGUUCACUAUUUUCUGCCGGAGACCAAAAGCGUGCCACUUGAAGAGAUGGAGAAAGUGUGGCAAGAACAUUGGUUUUGGAAGAGAAUAGUAGGUGAAAUGAGUGAUAAAGAGCAUAAACUUGAGAUAUCCAUAUGAUUCUAAACCAAAUGUUCUACCGAUGUUAGCUUAAUCAUUUGUCUAUAUGUCAUCUCAAAUGUACUAUAAAGCAAUAAAAUGAUUUUCAGUUUGGAAA